UUUUUAUCACAAUGUUAAUAGGCUUUUAUUAAUGUUUGUAAAAAAUGCAGAAAAUUUUGCUAUAAAUUGUAAACAACUUGGUUGAUAAAUUUUCUAAAUUUUAAAAGCCCCCUUCCCUUUAAUAUUUCUAGUUCUAGUAAAAAAAUAAGAGAGUUAACAAAGCUACCUAUGAACUAGCAACUUCAGCUACUUCAUUGAGAUUUUCUUCGGUCUAGAAAAACAUCUUUCUAGUAUUGGUCUCGGCUCUCGUUCGAGUCUUUUGAGUUAUUUUUCUGUUUGCUUAGUUUUUCUAUAUUGCUUGCUUGUUUAUUUUUCUUCAAAAUGACACCUGAAUGUGGACAAAUGGAUAUUGGCUUUCUAAUUUACUUACUCACCCUAUAAUCAUAGGUAUCUAGCCAUUUUUAUCAUCCCUUUUGUCAAAGAAUAUCACUUUCCUUUUCUUGUGCAGAAGAAUGUACCAUUUCACUAACAAAUGUUGGCAAACAAAGAAUUUCAUCAUGUCCUUUCUUUGCCUUGAAUAUGAAGCAUUAUCCCUUCCCUUUACAACUCCAAAGACUCUUUUACAAACUGCAGGCUUAGCAAGUAAAGAACCAGAAACCUUACUUUUCAUCACCAUUUAUAAACCAUCUCUUCCCCCUUACUUUUACUUGCACAUUACAUUUCUCCCCUAAAUCUCAAACUUUUUGAUCUUUGAUUGAUUCUUGAGAAAACUCCUGAUCCUUCUUUUUUUCCUCUUCAAAAACCAGCCUUUUGUUUCUGAAAACUCACUGCACAAAUGGCUAGUACACAAAUGAAAUCCAUUGCCACUUUGCUUCUUUUGCUCAACUUUUGUAUGUAUGUAAUUAUUUUGGGCAUUGGUGGCUGGGCCAUGAACAAAGCAAUUGAUCAUGGCUUCAUCAUUGGUCCUGGAUUACGACUACCAGCGCAUUUUUCGCCCAUUUACUUUCCGAUGGGGAAUGCGGCCACUGGUUUCUUUGUGACAUUUGCUUUGUUGGCCGGUGUGUUUGGAGCUGCUUCAGCAAUCUCAGGAUUGAACCAUAUUCGAUCAUGGAGUGUUGAAAGCUUGGGGGCUGCUUCUUCUGCUGCUGUUUUUGCUUGGACUCUUACUAUUCUUGCCAUGGGCUUUGCUUGCAAAGAGAUUGCAUUGGAUUUCAGAAACGCAAGACUGGUAACAAUGGAGGCAUUCUUCAUAAUUCUGUCAGCUACACAGCUAGUUUACAUAAUGGCCAUCCAUGGUGUUAUUUCCACAAGAUAAAGAGCUGAAUGAAUGAUGGAGUAUUUGUUUGAUUCAUUGCCCAUUUUCAGUUGUCUUUUGGUGUUUGGUUUCCUAUAUGCAAAAAUUGCAACUUGCAAGGAGAUUAAUUUAGAACAAUUUUAUUUAUUUAUUUAUUUACUUUUAUUUUUUAUCUUCUUUUUUGUGAUUUGUGUGGUGUGAUUUUAUUUGUAUAAAAUAUUUGACAAUAAAUAUUGGUUUGAUAUUUUA